CUCCGGUGAAAGCCUCAGUGUCUGAGCGUGUGCUAGGUACUGUCAUCCUGCCUGACCGCCAGGUUUUUUGGAGAGAAGAAGUUGGAAAAGGGAUGUGACUGCGAUGAUGGCGCUGCAGCUGAAGAACGGGGAUGCAGCAUACUACCAGACUGCGGAUUACUGCAGAAAUUACACUUCGCCGCCUGUCACCUACGGUGACAGCAACCAUUAUCUUGCCCGUUUGCCAGGCCCAGAGACCAUGUUGAAGCCUCCACUGAGUCUCUUCCGCCAUCCCCAGCAGCCUUUCCACCACAUGGAAUCUCUGCACCAGCUGGGACCUCCGCCGAUGGCGCCUACGCAGCCUCUCGGUCCACCACCCCUUGCCCCUGCUCAGGCGAUUGGACCCCCAACGAUGGUUCCAACCCAGACACUAGGCCCCCCUCCAAUGACUGCUACUCACACAUUAAGACAUCACCCCAUUACCCAACCACACAGCUUAGGCCCGCCUCCAAUGGCCCCAUCUCAACCACUUGGGCCUCCACCAAUGGCACACACCUUGGGUCCCCCACCUGUAGAUCACACACAAGCAAUAGUGCCUCCAACCAUGGACCUCAUACAACCGUUGGGGCGUCCACCUCUUAACCCUGCACAAACACUGGUGCCCCCACCUGUAGUGGCGCACGGAGCCGGUCGAUUCACGCUCCCUCCCAGCCCCAUGUCCUCCCCUGUUGCUCCACGCCCAGACCCUUCACACCUGCCCCCAAUGCCCCGAGGACCGGCCCUCAUCCAAGCCCCGAUGGCCUGCCUCAUCCCUGGUCCUCUCCCAGGUCAGGCAGCCCCAGCCAGCGAGCAGCCCCAGGAUGAGGGCUCUCUGCUUGGGAUGGAGGAGCAGGAAGACUCUCUGGGGUUGGGGGAACUGUGUAAACCACUGUACUGUAAACUCUGCAAUGUUACCCUCAACUCUGCUCAGCAGGCACAGGCUCACUACCAGGGGAAAAACCAUAGUAAAAAGUUGAGAAAUUUCUAUGCUGGCAGUCAACAGCCUCCAGCCAUCAGGAUUCCAGAAGUCCUUGAGGGGGCUGGCCAGACAUCCCUCAGCUCAGGAUCAAACGACAGUGAUGCAGGCAGGCAGGCGCAGUAUAAGGGGGCGACUCGGGUCAUCUUGGCCACAGAGAACGACUAUUGUAAGCUGUGUGACGCCUCCUUCAGUUCACUGGCAGUUGCACAGGCCCACUAUCAGGGCAAGAACCACGCCAAGAAGCUACGGCUCGCUGAGGCCCAACAGAACUCCAAUAACAUGGAGGGCAGCAAUGAGGCAGCCCCAAGAAGAAACAGAAAAGAUGGCAGUGAGUACAGACUGGUGAAAAACCGCCGCAGCCCACAGCUACCUGCUUCCAUGCCAGGGCCGUACUACAACCCCAGACCGAGGCAGCGCAUCCCCAGGGACUUGGCCAUGUGCGUGACUCCCAGCGGUCAGUUCUACUGCUCCAUGUGCAACUGCGGAGCCGAGCAGGAGACGGACUUCAGGCAGCAUCUGGAGAGUAAGCAGCACAAAGCAAAAGUGUCGGAGUUAAGAUACCGCCAUGAGAUGGAGAACCUUGGCUACAGCUAAGAAACACAAGGGAGGAUGGGGGAAGAUGAAAGACAGAGUGGGACAGAAUAGAUGGGAAGACAAAAAAA